CUUUUGAGCUCUGAUUGUGUAGGUGUGAUAUUAAACGAGAGAGCUCGGGGGUUUAGGAAAACCGGGGAAAAACGUCGUGUCGUUGCGAGAAGAAUGGGCGAGACCAGGCUGCAGUGGUGCAAGGAGCAGGCGGACGAGGUGAAGGAGAUCAUGGUGGAGAAUUACAACAAGGCCGUGGAGCGAGAGGGCAAACUGGGAGAACUUGAACUGAGAUCCGACGACCUGCUGAGGAAGAGUAAAACGUUCACCAAGUCGGCCGCAAAGGUCUCUCACCAGAGCCGCUGGGAGAAUAUCAAGAUGAAGGUUGUGAUCGGCGGGGUCGUGACCCUGCUUGCCCUGGUCAUCAUCGCGGUCAUCAUCUGGUACAGCGUCCACGACGACCGCGGGGACCAGCGGCAGCUGACCCCAAGCGUGACCCCUGGGAACUGAAAAACACAAAGAGCAGCGGGACUGCAGCCCCCCUCCCCCCAGUCUCCACCUGACGCGGGUCUGGGACCUGGGUUCAGAGCGCGAUCGGGUCAGGCUGGUUCCUUUGUCACUGACAGACACAGACAGGGACAGACCUUCUUCCUGGCUGCUCUCGGCCCUCAGAGAAACACACUGCAGUCUGGAGGUUUUUUUUUUCCCUCCUGAUACCCCUUUUCCACUGGCUGUUUGUCGAGUUGAGUGAGAACCAAGCUGUGAAACUGUCGGCCUCACAACACACCUGAAUCUGGGGUGGGGGAG